GUUCGGCACCGGAUGUCCGGGCAGGUAAUGGUCCUCAAGAUGAACAAGUUGCCAAGUAACCGCGGCAACAUGCUACGUGAGGUGCAGCUGAUGAACCGUCUCUCCCACCCCAACAUCCUGCGGUUCAUGGGUGUUUGUGUCCACGAGGGCCAGUUACAUGCUCUGACCGAGUACAUAAACGGAGGGAGUCUGGAGCAGAUUCUGGGCAGCAAGGAGCACCUGCCCUGGUUGGUGCGGAUCAAGCUGGCACUGGACAUUGCAAAAGGCCUUUGCUACCUGCACUCCAAAGGAAUCUUUCAUCGGGACCUGACAUCCAAGAACUGCCUGGUAAAGUGUGAGGAUAAGUCCUACACUGCCGUGGUGGGAGACUUUGGCCUUUCAGAGAAGAUCCCAAACUACAGCGGUGAUGGGGAGAAGGAGCCAUUGGCUGUGGUUGGAUCGCCGUACUGGAUGGCACCUGAGGUUCUGAGAGGAGAGCUGUACGAUGAGAAGACAGAUGUCUUCGCCUAUGGCAUCAUUCUGUGCGAGAUCAUUGCCCGAAUACCAGCUGAUCCUGACUACCUGCCCCGCACUGAGAACUUUGGCCUGGAUGUGAAGACUUUCCAGAAGAUGGUGGGAGAUUGUCCACCUGUAUUCCUGGAGCUGGCAGUCCUCUGCUGCGUUAUGGAUUCCACCCAAAGGCCAUCCUUUGCGGAGAUUGUCCAGAGACUGGAAGUGAUCCUGGAAAAGAAGCUGUAUGAGAACACAGCUCCAAUUGCAGACACUGCAAGAGAACGUCACAUAACUGUUGAAGUGUCAAGAGUGCAAAAUGGGGCAGGCGGCGAGUACCCGGAGGCGGCCCGGACCGGCCGGGCCCGGGGCUCCAGCGACCUGCUGUCCAACAGCCUGCGGGUCCAGUGCGAGCCCCGCCUGUCGCGCAGCCACUCGGACAUGCUGUCACCGGCCGGCGAGCUGCCGGGGCUGCGGGCCCGGGUCAACCCGUUCUCGGGCCGGGAGGACCUGAAGGGAGGGAAGAUCAAGCUGUACGACUCGCCCAGCAAGUCGGUGAUCUCGCUGACGUUCGACCUGCCGCCGCCCGCCGCCUACCAGCUGCCCAUGCCGGUCACCCCCGAGCCGGUGACCGAGGCGGCCCGCGGCCUCCCCGCCCUGCUGCUGCCCGCCCGCAACUGCCGCUCGCUGCCCACCUCGCCGGUGCUCCGCCGCGGGCCGCGCUUCCUCCGCCCCGCCGGGGCGCCGCGCCGUGUCGGACCGGAGGCGGACGACAGCGAGGAGGAGGCGGAGGCCGGGGCCUCCAGCGGGGCCUCCAGCUCCUCAGAACUCGACCGCGUCGCCGCCUCGGACGGCAGGCCGUGCGGCGGUGGCGCGGUGACGAUGAGCGAGCCUCGCCGUCCCUCGGGCGGCGACUGGGCCGCCGGGCGCCAUCGACCCGUCUCCAACAUUCCCGGCGCCUCCGGGACGGCGGAGUGCGCGCAUGCGCCGGUCCCAACGGGAGGGACCGGGCUGACGGACAGUGCGCAUGCGCCGACCUCAGCGGUGCCGGCGCCCGAGACCGGGUUGUCGGACAGUGCGCAUGCGUCAAGAGUCUCCGCGCCAAGGACCGGGUUGUCAGGCAGUGCGCAUGCGUCGGCGACAACGGCGCCCGCGCCUGGAACCGGGUUGCCGGACGGUGCGCAUGCGCUACAGGUCGCUCCGCCCGGGAACGAGUUAUUAGACAGUGCGCAGGCGCCGGUGCUGACGGUCACGGCACCGGGGAGGGGACGAUCGGCCAGUGCGCAGGCGCCGGUGUCAAUGAUUGACGUGCGUGCGGUGCAGCAGCGAGGUGAGGCUGCGCAUGCGCCGGAGCUGACGCGCGAUCAGCCGCUGGUGUGCGAUGGCGGGCAGGAGCCGGAGGAGGCGCUGCCGUGCCCGGGCUGCUGCCUCGGCGGCUUCGCCUUCUUCCCGCCCGUGUGUCUGCGGCCCGCCGCCCGGCCCGCCCGCUACCGCAGCCUGAGCUGCGAGUCCGAGCAGGGCCCGCGGCACAUUCCACAGGCUUAGCCCGAGCGUGAGGUUCCCAUGGAGACCCUUCCCCACCUCCCCCCCCCCAGAGACCCUGUCCCACCAACCACCCCCCCACAGACCCUCCCCCCCACAGACCCUU